GCAAAGAAAGGCGUGAUAUGCCAACCGCAGUUCGGUACUUUGUUAAUCCCGCAAAGUCCGUUUGGCACGAUCAUUUCUUGUGCAAGCCGUCGCCAUCCGUGGUCGUCGUCGCGCGCGGCGGCUUGGCCCUAACGACAGCCAGCCAGUUUAGCCCACCCGUCAAUCACAUCACCACCACGCGCGAGCACGACUUUGUCGCAAUCAGCCAACUGGGCAAAGGUAAGGAACCUGGCUUUAUCUAUCUAUCCGAGACAUGGCGACCGUCCGGUCUGUUGGCCGUCGACGAACCGGCAUAGCAUUGAUGGUCGAGCUUGCCGCAUGCUUGACGUGGGGAUGGCGUGAUCCCGCGGGGGACUGGCAUAAUGCAUCUAGUAUGACAUGGAUUACCAACGACAACGGCCAUGAUGCACAAAGAGCACGCAGAAAGAACGCGUCUCGUGAGGCCAUUCGAGGGUUGAUGAAUGAGGGGAAAAGUGUCGAGAUGGGCAUGCGGAUGGCACUGCGUGAUUCGUAUAUCGGCGCCGCGUCGGCGAGGCUGGGGGGGCGCAUCGACAAAAUAUCACGGGCGUCUGUGUAUAUAACCAUGGUGGUUUAUGCCGUAGCCGUGAGCAUCCUAUCAAACAAAUCAAGCAAGACAUCAUCAACAUCUCCACAUCAUGGCUCCCGCAGUAGUCGAUGCUCCCCUGGACACCGUCCGAGUCCCCAUCACCAACACCAAGGCGGCCACGUCGACGGGGCCCAACAAGCCGGUCAAGGCGACGGGCAUCCUGGACCAGUACGAGUCGUUUGACGUGACGCCCAUCAUCGGCCGCGAGUUCCCCAGCGCCAAGCUGGUCGAGUGGCUCCAUGCGCCCAACUCGGACGAGCUGCUUCGCGACCUCGCCGUGACCAGUGCGUGAUGAACUGAUGACCACUCUCAGCCCCCCCCCUCCUUUUUUUUUCGAGACCAUCUGUUACACGUUUGCUGACCUGCAAGCAGUCUCCGAGCGCGGCGUCGUCUUCUUCCGCGCCCAAGACGACCUCACCAACGACCUCCAAAAGGAGCUCAUCCUGCGCCUCGGCCACCUCGUCGGGCGCCCCGCGACGUCGGGCCUGCACAUCCACCCGGUGCUCAACUCGGAGCGCGAGCUCGGCGGCAGCGACCCCGAGAUCAGCACCAUCAGCUCCGUGCAGCACGACAAGCUCUACCUGGCGACCCCCCGCGCCGACGAGCUGAGCCCCAAGAAGCAGAAGACGGCGCAGUGGCACAGCGAUAUUGCCUUUGAGCCCGUGCCGGCCGACUACACGUCGCUGCGGCUGGUGCAGCUGCCCAAGACGGGCGGAGACACCCUCUGGGCUUCCGGAUACGAGCUCUACGACCGCCUCAGCGAGCCGUACCAAAAGUUCCUCGAGUCCCUCACCGCCACGUUCGAGCAGCCGCGCUUCCGCGAGAUCGCCGAGAACGCAGGCUUCAAGCUCUACGACAAGCCCCGCGGGGCCCCCGAGAACGUCGGCACGGAGCUCAAGGCCGUCCACCCCGUCGUGCGCACCAACCCGGUCACCGGGUGGAAGAGCGUCUUCCCCGUGGGCGGGCACGUCCGGCACAUCAACGGCGUCACCGAGGACGAGAGCAGGCACCUGCUCGACUGGUUCCUCGACCUCGUGUACCACAACCACGACCUGCAGGUGCGGCUCAAGUGGCAGAACCCCAACGACAUUGCCAUCUGGGACAACCGCAGCGUGUUCCACAGCGCCACCUUCGACUACAACGGCCAGGGCGACCGGUUUGGCAACAGGGCCGUCGGCCUCGGCGAGCGGCCGUACCUCGACCCCAAUAGCACGUCGAGGCGCACCGCCCUGGGCCUGAACUAACGACACACGCGCUGAGACUCGAUCUAUUUAGGGAGGCUAUAACUGGGAAGCGUGUUCGCGGGCGAUGUGAUGUUGCAGUGUAAUUCGGUACAUGACACACUUUGGUUUAGGCAAGGCACACAUACAAACAGACAGACUGUAUAAAGUCACCGUCGCAGCACUUCGCUCACAUCCAGC